AUGGGCACACUGGUUUGCAUCGAUAUCCCCCAACGCGUUGCUGGCGCACCACCAGCAGCAGCAGCAGCAAUACCCGCAGCAAUACCCGCAGCAGUAGCAGCAGCAAGCUGGCUCAGCGGCCAGCGCGUCAUGAACGUAUCAUCCUUCUCAGCAAGGUCGUCAAGUAUAUACGUCGCUUCUCCGCCACCCAACCGAUAUGAUUUUCAUUCCCGUCGUUAUCUUCUUCAGCUAUCCCACGGAUUUCUGAACCUGUACUGCCUUGGCCUUCUCGACAGCACGCUCAACUCCAUUCUCGGCUUCUGUCUCGCAGGUAUCGCCAAAGUCAAGGGGCACUUCAAUUCGGAGGCUCAGCCCAAGGUCAAGRUCGGGGACUGCAGUGGUGACGAUCAUGAUAAGUACGUGAUCGUGGUCAAGGGGGAGACUGAGACUGGGGCAAGCAAUUCAUUCAACAUUGGUUUGCAUCGAUAUCCCCCUUACCCUCCUUCGGGAGGAGGCCAUCUGGAUCGACAACACCGGCGGUGUCGCUCCCGUCCAUCUACGAGUAGAUGA